CUCCCCCAUUACAGUUUGUUGCUGAAAAAAGCAAGGGGGGAGGGAUGGCUACUAAGAUCAGUCCAGUUUGGGUUGGUUUGUUCAGUGGUUGGGAGUGCUAAAAGCUGUGGUAAAAGUGCUUUGCUGUCAUUUAAAGGUUAAGGGUUGGUGUUAGUUGCAAGCUUGCGUUAGCGAUGCCGCCAGCUGAGCGGAUUCAGGAUUGCAGACCCUUUAAACUGCGGAAAAGUCUAGCCACAAGAAAACAGGAAGUCGCUACUAUUCGAUCUAAAUUUCCAAACAAACUACCGGUAAUCGUUGAACGCUAUGCUAAAGAGAAGGUCUUACCGUUGCUAGACAAAACAAAAUUCCUGGUCCCACAAGAGCUAACAAUGUGCCAGUUUGUAACUAUAAUCAGGAACCGCAUGUCCAUUAAUGCUACACAGGCAUUCUACCUGCUUGUGAACAACAGGAGUCUUGCCAGCAUGUCUCUGACCUUGGCAGAAGUGUAUGCUGACAACAAGGAUGAAGAUGGCUUCCUCUACAUGACUUACGCUUCACAAGAAAUGUUCGGUACCUAAAAGAAAUGGAAAUGUGCCCAUGUAUCAACUUGCUCAGGUUGGACUAUAGGUUCACUAAAGACUACAGCGUCUAAAGUCCAGCUAUUGCUAUUCAUACUGCCACCAGGAUUACUUUGGUAUCAGAGUUUACCAUUUGCCAUCAAGUGUCUGGAUCAGUGACUUUCCUAAGAGUGAAGACCCUUGCUCACAGACUAAGUUCUGCACCCUUCAGCAUGGGACAUUGGUAGCACUUUGCAUGCGGGCUGUGUGUGUGCAGGGAUUUGCAACAUUGAUGUGAUGCCCAAAGGAGGCACAACUUGUGGUGUAAUGGUGUAUGUUAAAAUUUUACUGUACCUCUUGCAAAUUUGAUCAAGAAAAGACUGAGCGUUUGGAAUUUUAAUGCAUAGCAGCUAGAAUCUUUCUGGUGGGUUUAACAAACCUGCUAAUGUUUACUUUGUCAGGUGAUGCUCUUAAAGUCCAUCUGGAGUAGGCAAGACUACAUAUAGCCGUGUUUGCUAAUAAAAGUCAACUAGAAAAACUUGAUUUGAGUAUUCAUCAUGUAUGCCUUAAAGGUAUCUCUCUAGACCAAAGAUGCAUUACUUUCCCAGUUGCAUAUUUGUUCACAAAGGAAAACCUGACCAAAUCUGAUCAUUAAAAGGACUACCGACUGGAGGUACAGUUAUGUUGCAACUUGUAGAAGUUACUACUUGCCCAACAAACUGGAGUUUGGCUGCAUAAACCUUCAACUCGAGGUAUAUUGUCUGAAGUAGUCUUUUUAUAAAAAUUUUAAUUUAUUAAAUAAAAGUUUAAUGUAUUUAAA